CUCUGACACCUACGCCUGCUCGUGACGAUAACAUAAAAAGACGGCACAUUGAUCCUUUGAACCAUUCGAAUACUCACGCCAUGGCAGGCAAGACUGUUCUGACGGCUAAUGUAAGUGGGACUAUUGAUCCAAAAGAUGGUGGCAAGGAACCAGAGGCCUAUAAAAUUACUGUUGUUUUCAGCGACGGUACGAAGACUGUUUUACGAAAGAAAUACGAAGAAUUUGUCGACUUGCAGGUUAAGGUGUACGAUUUGCUCAAAAAGAAAGGUGGCUACUCUAGAAAAACAUCGAGGACUCUUGUUUCUAGCUUGCCAGAAAACAACUCAGCACUUUCCAGAAUUCUUUUUAAAGACGACUCUUUGAAGAAGAUGGGAAGAAUCGAUGAUUUUAUGAAGGAGCUGUUAACCCUUCCAACAUCAGUGAGGGACUCAGAGGCUAUAAUGAUUUUUUUCGGUUCCUUCGAGCAACAAGGAAAGGGAGACAGAUCGCGUGAAGAAGAACUAAAGAAAGUGACAAAAGUUGCUGAAAUACCUAGCGGACGAGAUCCACUUUGGAAUCUGCCUAAUCAAAGUCCAGUGACAAAGCGAAAGUCAACUCAGAAUGCCACCUGGAUGCCAGAAGAUUUGAGUAUGCUCAGCGAAGAGGCGAGAGCUCAUCUUUAUCAAAAGCUGAACAGACUUAGCGAAAGGCGACCAAGCAAAGAUGUCCCAUUACUACCUCUCAGUAAAAAAAGAGCGGACUCCGUUGAUGAUGCUGUUCUGGCCAAGCCAAAAGGAUCUCCAAGACCAGGCCUGACAAGGAGGCCAAUUAGCGUGCCAGUGGGAUUGGCCAGUAUGGUCAGGGAAAGCGAUGAGAUGAAGGAAAACCGUCCAAGCACCCCCAAGCCUUUAAGAGGUAAAGUUCCCUCGCUACAAACUCUCAGUGAAUUGAAUGGGCAACACUCUGGGAGUGAAAGCAGCAUUUCAGCACUGACGGACACUUCAGCCAUCGAUUCUGAGUUUUCCGAAGUAGAAGAACCUCGAUCAAGAAAGAUAUCAACCCACUCUAGUGUAAGGAGUACUCUGGGCAGAAAGAACCCAAGCAAGAAAAAAUAUGUUGCCACCUCAACAUUCGUUGCUGAAGAAACUGGUGAAGUUUCACUGGAAGAGGGCGAAGAAAUCGAGGUCGUGCAGAAAGAAUCCAGUGGUUGGUGGUACGUUAAAAAUGACUUUGUUGAAGGAUGGGCUCCGGAGGCAUUUCUUGCACCAUCUCAAGGAUCAAGGUCUUCAUCUCCCGAGUCCCAGGUCCCAUCCCAGAGUUGGGACACCCAAGAUCAAUCAAUUGAAAUUAGGCCAAGGAUGGAAUCCCUUACAGAGAGACCAGAUGUAAAAGAAGAGGAGAAAGUUGUACCCCAAGCAAAAGUAAAAUCUUUGGAACGUCCCGAGGAAAGAGGUUCUCAAAAGAAGCACAUAGAAAUGAAUCGACGACCCAAAUUUCUAACUAUUGAGGGAAUCCAGAAACGGAAAAACCCAGACAAAAACUACGUUUACAUCCUCAAAGUGGUUUGGUCAGACGGAAACAUCAAUAUCGUUUACAGAACUUGCAGCGAUUUUUUCUUUCUUCAGGAAAAUCUCAGAAAGGAAUGUCCAAGUGCCAUUGGAAAGGAAAUUCCUGCUUUGAAAGGAAGAAAAUUCACCGAGAACUGCCAGUUCUGCUUCAAGGAUGGAACAUGCAAGAGACAAAAAUUCAUGAACCAGUUUUGCCAUGAACUGGUGAAUGCACCCGACCACAUCUCUAGAAGCAAGGUUGUCAUGGAUUUUUGCAGGUCUCGACCUAGCGAUGUGCUUCCUCAUGGAGAGGUUGGAAAGAAGGAUGGAAAGUCUACGGGCGAUGACGACGAGAACGUCCAGAUCUCUGGUCCAGUGGUUUUUGAACAAUAUGAAGUAAUAUGCGAUUAUAAGAAAAAGAACAAGAAUGACAUUUCCCUACCAGCUGGAGAUGUCGUUGACGUCAUAGAGAAGAAUGAUUACGGCUGGUGGCUUGUUGAUCGUGAUGGAGAGUUAGGGUGGGCUCCUGCUUCUCAUCUUGAGCCCACAGAUGAUGGGGCUGAGGUAACCUCAGCAAAACACUUUGCACCAGGGAAAGAGGAGAUCUACGUGUCAAUUAAACGUUAUCAAGCUACAGCUGCGGACGAAUUGUCUUUUGAUGCUGAUGUUAUGUUAAAGGUGGUUGAGAAGACCUUGGACGGAUGGUGGCUCGUAAGGUAUCAGGGUGAAGAAGGAUGGGCACCUGCCAUGCAUCUGAAAAGAGUGAACUCAGACGACUCAGUAAAUGCAGAAGACAGCACUUUGGAUCAAUUAAACAUCGUCUCCAACGAUGACGAGUCUACCAAUGACGAAGGCCCGGUAAUCCCACGCGGCGCUCCUACACGGCGAAGUCAGGUCCAAAAAACAGGAAGAUUUAGACAGAAGAAAAAUUCCCAUGACCUUAAUGGAGUUCCAGAGGAAGACAACAGUGCCGAAAAAGCCACAGAAGAAAAGCCAUCUCUGUCAGCACAAGUAAAUCCCCCUCCUCUGACGAAAAGGAUUUCGGGAAAAAACUUGUCUCUCCCAAGGUCACCCUCCAGACCACACUCCGGCGAGCUUCCUCACGGAGACGUGACUCGCCAGUUCUCCAUUUCAAGCAGUGGAUACGAAAGUUCUCCAACUGGCAGCCUUACUUCCCUCGUGUCUGACGUUUUUCCCGAGGAUACUUCGUCGCCAAAGGGUGGUGUGAAGAGGUGCGCAACACUACCUCAGUUUGACCACAUUCAAGCCCAGAUUAUGCCAUCCACGCAAAACUCUCCAGAGAUACCACGAUCUCGAUCUGUAACUUCUAUGGCACAAUACAAAAAAGAAUUAGAAUUGAGUCUCAAUGGUAUCCAAUCAAAUGUCAGAAAGCCCAGCUCGGGAAGAAGCAGCCCUGUUUCCACCCCGAGAAAGAUUUCUGCAUCGAAUAGAUUGAGUCCACUAGCUUCUUCGCCCUCCAGAAAUCGGGAGUUUGGAUCUGCAUCGCCUCAAAGGUUGUCUCCGAGAGACUCCAUUUCUACGGUUGACGAUGACGACUAUCAAAGCAGCAAUUCUGAACGUAAAAAUGGGGAUCAAAGUGAAUCAAGGGUAUAUAAAGCUAUUUAUACAUACAUCGCUCAAGAAGAUGGCGAGGUUAGCCUUAUCGAAGGAGAUGACGUUGAAGUAAUUGAGAUGAGUGAAAAUGGUUGGUGGCUCGUUCGAACCUCCGAAGAACUUGGAUGGGGACCUUCCAAUUUUCUACAACUGACGGCAUGUUGAGCUCUAGCAACUCAAGCGCAAAAAAAAUGAACAGGAAGUGUUAGAACUUUACCAGCAAAUGGGUCACACGCACAAACCGUCGUAAAAGAACUAUAACUGGGUAAAUUUCAAACAUCUGUGCUCUUUGCUGGAACCUGGGUGUGUAAUCUUGCACAAGGCUUAUUGCCAAAUACAGUACGCCAUACCAAAAGUUAAUAAGUUCUAAUAAAUUAACCUUGAUCGGGGGCAAAGUGGAGGAAAUAAGGCGCAAGCUUUUGACGCAGUUUUUCCUGAGUACUAUUCUUAUUUUCCCGUCUCCUAUUGUUCCAAUUGUUAAGUCUAUUCUACAUCUGACUUUGCUUCUAAAAUUUAAAAAUCAUGCUAGUACACUAAAAGGUAUUCUUAAGUAUUUUGUAAAAUAUAUGAGUAAUCAUUAAAAGUUCGCGUGUUAGAUUUUAAGGUCAUAUAUCACAUAGAGAAACCAAAGUUAUUCCAAAAAAAGGUUUUUUUGCCUAUCUAUUCUUUACAGAUCACAGUUAGAGCGAUAAAUGUUGAUUGAGAAACAGAUUUAAACUGUAGGCUACGUCAUUACUAGCUUUAGAAUCUAGUUAAUCGUCUAACGCGUCCAUUGUAAAGAAAAAAAGCACUAGAGCAGAGAUAUCAGCAAGUAAAGAUUGUACAAAACAUAAGUCGUAAAUACCCAUUUAAUUUCAGCAACGCAAGCUUAACAAUAUGCGUUUAUAAAAAUAUUACUUGACGAAUUACUUUUUUAAGGUAAUUAACGGUCUUUUAACUGUUGUAACUUUUGAUUAAUAAAAUGACAUUGUAUUAUGAAAGAAACUACCAAAACUUUUCUUGCUA